CGAAGUCGCCUCGGUAGGAAGCGAAGAGGGGUUAUUUCGUUUCGUCUCAGCGUGGUUUCCCAAGCGGCAGCCUCGUUCGCUGACUGGCAUCGUCUACCGUUCGGCACACAGUCGAACUCGUUCACCACUGGACGACAGACGUAGCGACGUCGCAGUCAUCCUCCACCCGAAUAAUACCCAUUUCCUAGCUGAGAAAAAUCGAGCAUCAUGCUCCGUCACGUAUGCCAAAUCGGUUUUCUGCUCGUAUGUGUGUCAGUGUUCGCGCGUCAAGGCACCGGUUGCGCAUUCUGCGAGGGACUGUCGCAGCAACAGUUGCAGCUCCGACAGCUACAGCAGUUGUCCCAGCACCAGGGAUACAGGACAAUCGGCAGCCCUAAGCCCUUCGGCGGCGAGCGUCCCACGAGGGUGCAGGAGUUCAACAGGACCUGCGUGCUCCACCCCGAGUACCAGAUACCAGCCACCCUUCGACCCGGCAACGUAUCUCGGUUCUAUUACCUAAGCCCACGCGAAGGUCCACCCCUAACACUGCUUGUUAGCCCCUGUAGCGGACCAAUAUCAUGGACGGUUAGCUAUGUCGAACCACCUGAAAACACUGAAGAGUCCGAGGGUGCAAAAUCACAAACACGAUGGCCAGUGAAGACUCUGAAGCCAGGCUCCCCCCUUUUUACGUACCAGGGCGCCGAGGAUCAGAAUUUUACGAUACCGAAGACACGAGCCGGCCUCUACCGGUUCGAAAUUAAAUCCGUGGACUCUCCUGACGCAAAUUUGCAAAAACUGAUCCCGAGUACGGUGCUUUUGUACGCGACGUCCAGCGGAUUGGAUCAUAUUCCUGAGUGGUACAUGAACGAAAGAGAAAGCCGUCAUCGCUCAUUGAGAUUUCAACAGCGGAGGAGCAAGCGUCGGCUCACUGUCUCCUGGAACAAAAGCAACAUAAAUCCUCACCUUUCACGCUACUGUUUAGCCGUAACAUCGGGAUCUCAAGCUCACCCGUUGACCCUUUGCGCGGCUCAGAAUGUCCUCCAUGUUCAUGCGCAUCCAUCGAAGGGUAGUUCCUCCAAGGAGCAGCAACACCGCGGGGUUCCGGAAGGACUUCACUGCGUGCGCCAAACGAAAUUGACGCUUCAUCGGAUGAAGUACGACACUACGUACAAUUUCACGUUAUACGUGGUGAAUACCCGCAACAACGUUUCGAAUCGGGUAGCAACCGACAGCAUACGAUUUCGAAAAACUCCGGAGUUAAUUUUACGAACUGGGGGUUACACCACGACCAAUUUACGCAAGACUGAUGGAUUUGUUCAUUUCCGAUACCGUCCACCAGAAAAUACUUCGAGCACCUUCCAUAUCUUUCCCUGCGGCGGUGGAAUUGUCAAAGCGAAAUUAACUGCACCAGGAAUUUUGAGGGAAAGGGAAGUAGUAGGAUAUGCAUCAUUAAGUGUGCCACCUUUAACUUCAGGCAAAGCAUACACAUUGCGAAUAUCCGCCACACCGCAAGAGUUAGCACGUGUUUUUGCUAUCAAGGUAUUAGCUACACAAGAAUCGUCGACGAUAUUUCCACAGAUACCAUCCAGAAGUACGCCGCGCGAGUACAGACCCCUAAGGACCUGCCACGGUGUGACGAUAGGAGUGGAAUCGGCGGGUGCAGCUAAGUAUUGCAUCCUGGUGCGGGAAUUGCGAAGUUCCUCGUUAUUGGCCAGCGUGACUACGAUCCCGGACCAGUGCGGUCUUCAUCGUCGACGACGUUCCGAGUACACGUUCGAAGUUUGCGAGGAAAGGCUAAGCCCGCCAAAGGAUCGCGCGAUUCCGUUCACAUUGACGCGCAUGCAGCCGGGUAAAGCGUACCUCUUGCAAGUCACGGCGCAAUUAAAGGGUCAGUCGUUGUCUUAUCCGUUGCUAGGAGUACGCACCCGACGCACCUGUGUACGUCGUUCCGACAGCUCCCAAGAAACGAAUAAGACCGAGCAAUGAUGAGCAUCGACGACGUUUCAGCCACACACUCAGCACAAUUCUUCUCUCUACCGGGUCGAUGCGAGUCGAAUGUCGUUCUCUUCGCAUUUAAUUCUCACUGGUGGACAAAAUUAUGAGACAACACGAAAAUAACCGUAGGAGCUUAACCUUUUGCACGCUGGCUUGGUGCACAAUGAGCUUUUUUUGGACACAUGUAUUUAAUCUAACCAUUGAAGGAAGGACAGGAAAUGGAAUGACAGAAAAUCGAUAAGAAAAAAGACAAACGUUUCCACUAAUUAGCUAUAAAGAUGUCAGAUUCUUCUGAAGAUAAUUUGUCAAUUGUAGAACGAUGAUCCGCUAUUAUUGAAUAAUUAUUAUUCUUUUUUGAAGUAAGUUCUCUCGAUGUUUGACGCGAAUCAUCCCCUAAGGGAUCUUACAAGACCUCGUUAUACACAACGAUUUCCGGUUUACUAUAUUAUAGAAAAAUCACCGGAACGAAAUUUUACAAAAAACUUGUUUGUGUGGUGAAUCAUUUUUCCAGCAUUCUUGUAAGUUUGUAAGAGAAUUAUAUGAAUCACGGUUGGUCCCACUUCGGGAAUAUCGUAAUCAUUUCUUUCUUCAAGAAGAUGUCAGCCUCUUGAAUCGUUGUUGAAAGUCACUCUGAGAAUCGCACUGUUGCAGAGAUAACGCGAGAAACAAAAGGGUGUUGUGUAGAAAAGCGGAACCAGUGGGAGAAACAUUUACGAAUGGAUGAAAUCCGAUAUUUCAUCGUUCACCAUUUUCUAAUAGUUUGGUAAAUAUAAAGAACUGUCUAAAAUUUCGCUUGAGAAACGUGCAGCAAUUUUUAUUGGUGCCUCAACGUCAUCAGUCUCGUGCAAAGGGGAUAACAUUGCUUUUAAAACAGGAUUGUGACAACCGACAUUUUCAGAUAUUAAACGAGUAAUACAAAGGAAUUUUCAAUAUAAACAAAAAUUAUAGAAUAUCCCUUGAAUAAAAUUAUAAGGCACUUUUGCUAGUGGGAGUGUUAACAGAUGUAUUAAAAUUGUGUGUUUUUUACUACCUCGAUCAUUGGAUAAGGUAGUUUUUUACUAGAAAUUAUUUGUUUCAAUUGAAAAUCUCUCAUACUUAUUCGUUUACUUUGUGAAGGUGUUGGUUACAAAUAAAUGAAAAACAAUCGUAACUGCUAUAUAUAAUCUUAGCAACUUAACACAAGCCUUAUAAACAGUGUUUCCGUUAUUUUGUCCAACCCUAACACAAUCAUAUAUAUCUUUAUUUAUCCCUUCGUCGAUCCUUUAAUAUUAAAUAUUAUAUGUGUACAGUAUAGUUUUUUAUAACUAUUUCAGUAUAUAUAUAUAUAUCCGAAUCUACUGUUAGGUAAAGCUUUAACCAUACGUAGUUUCAACCAAAUAUCGUAUAACUAAUUAAAAUUAUUUCUAUACAUUUCUGUACGGUCAUUUCGUUAAUCAACUAAUAUCAUUAUUCUAUAUUUAGGAGAACAAAUAAGUAAAUGAUUUGCUCUCGUUAUUAUAAACAGUUGAAUAUCAAUGGUAAUGUGUGAUAACCAAAGAAAACUUGACGAUUUGAAAAUUGCUACAAAAAAAACGUCAAGAAUUGGAACAUAACAUUUUUCUAGAUUAUUUUCGUUAUUUUCGUUAAAUGAUUUUUCAAGCAUUAAAUCGUUUCGAAAUUAAAAUACUUUUAAUUAAUUAAGGUAUGAAUUAACUAUACGAAGUUUAUAAGAAACUACGCGUAGCUAAAGUCCUGUUCGAAGAAAUGACAUUUGAUGCGCACCAAUCUAUUACUUGCAUGUAACACUUUCCGGCAAGUUUUGAAGUGACAAAUUUUCAUUUGUCAUUUUAAAGCCUUCAAAUCCAGUAUUUAAUUACUGUUUAAAUGUACGCUUAGAAUGUUCAGAAUUUAGGAAAACGGUAAGAAGAGAACGUAGUCUGCUCAUUCAUGACUGUUGUUUAACCAUUUCUAUUCCGUUAUACAGUAUGAACCGCAUAUGUAUACAAGCUCAACCAUCCAUUGGCAUGUUUUUCACUAAAAAGAAAGACAAGAUCGCAUAACGUGCGAUCAGACAUUUUCAAAGAUAGUGUAUAUGAACCAAUGACAGUUACAAGUAAGAUUAAGGCAAAUAAUAUUUGUACAGAACUUACGCAAUUUUCGGAGGCGUUUUAAAUAGUCGAAUAGAACGAUAUAAAAGGAACUUUCUGGUUUUCAAUAAGCUGCAAGUAAUUCGAUAACAUAUUUGAUUUGAACAAUAAAAAACAGAGUAGAUUUUAUAUAAUAACUGCAAUCAAUAUAAAAUGUUCGGACAUUUUACAUUCGUUCUUAAGUCGAUUUCUCGUCUUUUAGAUUCUACCACUUUACCAUUAAUUUAUACCGUAAUGAAAUGGGAAAAUUAUUAUUCAUUUAUUUCAUUACUCCAUGACAUUCAAAUUAUAGUUACGAUACGAGCUCAAAAUAUUCCAAAUCUCACUUAAUUACAGUUAAAAACUAUGCUCGAUCUAAAAAGAUGUAAGUAUACAUUCAAUACAAAUUAAAAUUCCAAUACAGGCAUAGCAAAACAAAACAAUAGAAGAAGUAUGAAUUGGACCGCCCGUAAUAAGAUAAGUCGACACUGUCGAUCUCGACAAACAUAAAUGAAUAUAAUAAUUGAAUACUCUGAGAAAUAUAUUUUACUUUUCAAGUUAUUGUAAAAACUUCUUGGUAGUAUGUAGUCUUUUUUUUAAGUAUUUAAUUUAGAGAAAUGGAAGUCUCCACGAAUCUUGUCGAUGCACAAAGUGUUGAGCUAAAUACUUCAAAAUUAAGCAGUACAAUAUCUCGUAAACAUUUGAAGGCCUAUACUCAGUUAAAGCUACAUUUUUUCCAAUCAAGAACAAAUUACUGUAUGCAUAAAAAUUGAAAAACUAUUCAUUGUUAAUUUGCAAACAAGUGUAUUUAUAUGUUUAUCAAGAUUAUUUUUAGUAAGAAAUGCUUAAAUAUGUUUUCACCUAAUUGAUCACACUGAGUUUUCAAAAUUUCAAAAAUAGCUUGAAUAUAAGAUAAUUACUUCGCGGUUACUAGUCAAGUUUCCAACUUUUUUCAAAAUCAAGUCUACCCCAUUUGCGAACUUACAAAAGAGAGUCUUCGCUAAAAUCUAAAAUAUAAUAAAUGUUUUGUUUUGUAUUUACACAUUUGAUGAUUACAAAUUCCUCAAAAUACAUAAUCUUCAAAUGGAUGACCGAACAUAAGACCUUAAUGCAUUUUUAAUCUAUAGUCUAUGAGAUUGUUAAUAAUAAGUUAAGCUACCGAGAAUUUACGUUUGGAUGUGCUGUCUCAACUUCUGAAACACUCGAAGGAAACGUCAAUGUAAUUUUUCUGAGAAAAAAGUAUCUCCUUCGUGUGAGCAUCUAUUAUUCUGUCUCGAGGCUAAAUCUAGUCUAGAUUUGCAAGCGAUAGUGAUUCGAUAAGAUUUACCUGAAAUUUGCAUUUCUUUCCUACUUUAAGAUACACCCGUUCUUACAGAAUUUUAUUCUAAGGAAACAUUAAUAGCUUUUUCUCUUUAGAAAUAACCAAUUUGCGUGAACACCUGUAGGUAUCCAUGAAAAUAAAUGUUCUUGCCAUUUCUCCGCUCUUGUCUAAAUGCUAGUUACACGUUCGUGCUGUAAAUACAACGUAAUUAUGUUGUUACAUUACACAUUAUAUGUGGCAUGCGACCAUGAUCGAUGAACUAUACAGCAUGGUGCUAAUUUUCACGUCUAAAGCGGCAUGCGAUAGCGUUGGGCAUUAACAUUUGUUUAUAAUGCAUUUUCCAUCUGGCUUACGUUUGACGCCGAAUCGAUCAGCUUCUGCGGUUAAUGCUAGCGAUACGAUUCGUUUGCACGUAAAAUUAAGUUAUCGUUUUACUGAUUUCGAAUUCGUUUAUUCGAUUCAAAUCUUCGUAUUUUACCAUCUUUAUCGAUUUUCUCGAAAGCAGAUACCUGCAGAAUUUCGAGAAGAUCUAACACAGUCGAAUAAUUUUGUUCUCAAUUGAAACAUUAAUUAUGUCGUACAAAAGAGAAACAUAGUUUGUAAAUUUCAUCUUAAGGAUUGGAAGUUUGAAUAGCUCAAAAGCGGGGUCAGAUUCAAUAUAAAAUUUUAUCGAUGCUUCUGUGUAGAGUUUUUUUAAACAUUACUUUUGCAGAAUAAAAAUUGAUAAGUUCUGUGAGUUUUCUGGAAAAUAGUACAAAGAAACCAGCAAAAUGAUGACUUAACUGACCUUUCCUCAGUUUCAUGUGUCGUACAUUUCGUUUUCAAUGAAAUCUUGUAGCAUCGAUCGCAAAAAGCAAUUGAUGUAGCAUACACAAUGGCCCUUUAUUUUCUUUAUGAACAAAUCAAUCUCGACCCAAUGAUUCUUGUGGCUCAACUGCUGAACUUAGUUACCAAAUAUAAUACAUCAUGACAUUUCUUAAACCUUCAUAUCAUUAACUUUAAUGUGCAACAUAAAUUAACUACGAAUUCCUUAUUUCCGUAAAACUGUCAACCCUUUCACCGUGUAAAGAUCUCAGCAGUCGAGAAUCACAGAAUAAUAUAUAAAAUCCAACAGGUAGCUAAAAAAUAACGCGAACAAAUUAGAAACUUAUAUUGUUUAUCAAGCGUUUUGUUCGUAAUUUAAAAUAAAGUUGCGAAACCUUCAUCGUCGUUCAAUGUGAUUACAUUUGGCACAGAUGUGUCCGCCGUAAAUUCAUAAAACCGACAGUUCACUAAUUUGGUACAUACUUGUAAUGUAUUAUCAUUUAAAAUGCCUCAUACCAACAUUGUAUAGUACUUCAGUAAGUUAUCGUCCGCAUCGAAAUAAAUUUGUUCUUUCUCCGAUAAGCCUGAUAAAUGCACUAGUGUCAUUCCCUGAAAAAAGGAAGCAAUUACAAAAGUCUCGUGUAAAAGUCCAUCUUGGAACAUGUUGACAAAAGGAUAUACCAUAUUGUACCAUAACUCCGAAAUCCGAAGUACGCGGACAAUUGUAUCGAAUGAUAUUGCGUCCCGAUACUUCUACACACCAUUGUAUAUGUACUGUAUAGUUACGAUAUCGGCGUAAUUUUUAUAUCGCAUAUACAUAUAAAACAGAAACGUUUAUUUUAAGUGUAUGUAAUACAAUGUAUUGUAUAAUUGUAAGAUCGUAUAAUGAUAAUAACUUUAAUGUAAGUAGUAGCCAUCGUAAAUGUAACAUAAAAUAAAGUAAUAAAGAUAUUUCCAAGUA